CGAAAAGGGAAAAUGGACAAUACUGAAAAACGGACGUUGUCGUUGUCAAGUAGCAAAUAUAGCCGUGAUGACGAAAACGAUGACUUAUUUCCUGCCAUUAAUAUCACCAAUGCAACUGACGUGACAACAAUUGUAGAAAAGGAGAAUCGACUCUUAUAUAAAAUAUGUGACCCAGUUCCCAUACAUCUCACCGUUCUCUUUGCCUUACAGCAAGCCCUGUUGUCCUUGUCUACAUCUCUGGCCGUGUCCCUACUGGUGGCUCAGGUUGUGUGUGCAGAGGAAAACGAGGACUUCAAGGCCAAACUUCUAAGCUCAACUCUGUUUAUGAACGGCAUCACUACUCUGCUGAUGGUGACGUUAGGAAUAAGACUGCCGCUGUACCAGGGAGCCUCCCCAGAUUAUGUCGCCCCACUACUGGCAAUGGCUGAUUUAGACAAAGACAGGUGUAAUAAUACAAGUCCAAUUACAGUUUUCAACAACAUCACAAACGUGACAGAAACGGUAUUCCAAGAGGGUACUGAAGAAAUCAUUCUGGAAGCUGUACAGGGGUUACAAGGCAGUCUAUUGGCUGCUGGAGCCAUACACUUCCUGAUAGGAGCUACUGGAUUGGUUGGAGUCUUGCUGAAGUUUAUUGGCCCUGUAACCAUUGUUCCGACCAUCCUUCUAUUCGGCAUUUUCAUGGUGAAAUCCAUUACUAAAUUUGCACAGGUUCACUGGGGCAUUUCAUUACUGACAAGUGCGAUAGCCCUUAUACUAUCGUUAUAUUUAGCUAAGAGGGAGAUGCCGAUACCUGUAUACACACGGAAACGACAUUGUCAUGUAAUCCGCUACCCUCUACAUCAGGUGUUCGCUAUCCUGAUAGCUCUGGUAACAGGUUGGUUACUGUGUGGCAUACUGACAGCGUCCGGGGUGUUCAGCACGAGCCGGGAUAGUCAAGACUAUUACUCCAGGACAGACACAAGGGUUGACGUCAUCAAUCGGGCCAGCUGGUUCUACUUUCCCUAUCCAGGUCAGUUUGGAAAAAUCAACUUCAGCAUAUCGGCAUUUGUUGGAUUUUGUGUUGCAACAAUUGUUUCGAUAUUGGAUUCUAUAAGUGAUUACUACGCAUGCGCUGCCACCUGCAAUGUUCCCCCGCCUCCUGCACAGGGCGUUAACCGCGGUAUCGCCAUUGAAGGAUUAUGUAGUGCCCUUUCAGGGGUUGUUGGUUGUGGACACGCGACUACAACGUACGGGGGUAACGUUGGAGUCAUAGGUCUGACAAGGGUUGGAAGUCGGUAUGUAUUUAUAACUGUUGCCCUCAUCUACAUCAUAUUCGGCGUCAUCGGAAAAGUAUCAGCUGUUUUUAUCACCAUACCGUACCCGGUGCUAGGCGGAGUUCUCAUCGUCAUGUUUGGCGCUUUCAAUGGCGUCGUCCUGUCCAAUCUUAAACAUGUAGAUUUAUCGUCCACUCGGAACGUCACGAUCAUCGGAACCUCUCUACUUGUUGGUCUGAUGAUCCCUCACUGGGUGCAGACGUAUGAUGACGUCAUUAACACAGGUAGUAGAGACGCAGAUGACGUCAUCAUGAUGUUGCUAGGGAACCCUAAUCUCGCUGGUGGUGUCCUAGCGUGCUUCCUUGAUAAUACGAUUCCAGGUACCAGGGAGGAGCGAGGUAUCGCGGCCUGGGAGACACCAGACGAUACCAACACAGAUUUUACCAAUACGUCAGAAUUCAAUGAAGGAUAUGAAAUAUAUAAUCCUAUUUUCUUUGAAAAAUACAAACACUCCAAAAUACUACGUUUCCUACCCUUUAUGCCAAAUUUUCUGGAUUAAAACGUGCUGAAACAUCCGACCAUAAUGCGUUUACAUCGAAAGAUGAUGGUGUCUGGCUAGUUCUGUCAGCAUGGCCACUAAUCGAUGACGUCACCGUGACACAGGCAGACGAAGGACAUUACUCAUUAUAUAUUGAUUUUCCAACCAAAGCAGUGUUGCUUUAGCGACAUGUGCACAUGUUGGAUUCAAAUAAAGUUCUUCUUUGGCCUAUA